AUGAUAUACUCUAAGGACUGGCGGAACCCACUCACCAUAUUCAUUUGCUUUUUCCUUUCUCUUUCCUCUUUCGUUUAUGGAAAAUCCGAUUUGAAUAUCAAGGAUGUCGAAGCCCAGGCGUUUGCAUUCGAUCUUGGCGGGGUCGAAUUAGCUCAAGACCGCUUCCUGGAAAACCAGGGUCGUACCUUGAAAUAUUUGAAAGAGAUAGACGUCGACAGAUUACUGUAUGUCUUCCGGGCGACUCACGGAUUAUCUACACAACAGGCGACACCUAAUGGUGGCUGGGAUGCUCCCAACUUCCCGUUCCGUUCGCAUGUCCAGGGUCAUUUCCUCAGUGCCUGGGCUCAAUGCUAUGCUGUCCUCCACGACCAAACAUGCUAUGAUCGAGCGACCUACUUUGCUGCCGAGCUAGCAAAAUGUCAGGCCAACAACAAGGCUGUUGGUUUCACGGACGGAUAUGUAUCUGGCUUUCCAGAAUCGGACUUCGCAAGUCUCGAGAAGGGCGAACUGAAGAACGGAAAUGUCCCGUAUUACGCAGUGCACAAGACACUUGCAGGUCUUCUCGAUGUCUGGCGCAUGACGAACGACACUACAUCUCGAGACGUCUUACUUUCCUUGGCCGGGUGGGUCGACAAACGCACUGCAUCAUUCAGUUAUGACGCAAUGCAAAAGCAGUUGCAAACGGAAUUCGGCGGUAUGAACGAUGUGUUGGCUGAUCUUUACCACCAAACCGGUGAUAAGAGAUGGCUUACCGUUGCCCAACGCUUUGAUCACGCGGUUAUAUUCGACCCCCUUGCGGCCAACAAAGAUCAGUUCAACGGCCUGCAUGCCAACACUCAAGUUCCAAAGUGGAUCGGAGCUGCUCGAGAAUACAAAGCGACCGGAAACCCUCGCUACCUUGAUAUUGCCCGCAACGCCUGGGAGAUCAAUGUUAAAGCACACACAUACGCCAUUGGUGGUAACAGUCAAGCCGAACACUUCCAUGCUCCAAACGCCAUCGCCGAGUAUCUUGAUAAUGACACAUGUGAAGCAUGCAAUUCCUAUAACAUGCUCAAGUUGACUCGCGAACUGUGGCUUCUUGAUUCAGAGAACUCGAAAUACUUUGAUUUCUACGAAAAUGCCUUGCUCAACCACUUGCUGGGCCAACAGGACCCUCAUAACCAGAAUGGACACAUCACGUACUUCACCCCUCUCAACGCUGGAGGUCGUCGCGGUGUUGGUCCCGCCUGGGGCGGUGGUACCUGGAGUACAGACUACGACUCAUUCUGGUGCUGCCAAGGAACAGCACUCGAAACAAACACAAAGUUGAUGGAUUCGAUCUACUUCUACAAUGACUCCACCUUAUUUAUCAACCUAUUCAUGUCGUCUGUCCUGAAUUGGCGUGAGAAGGGUGUUACCCUGAAACAGUCUACGAAUUACCCAGUUGGCGAUACAACGAAGCUGGAAGUCUCCGGUAGUGGUGACUGGACUAUGAAAAUCCGCAUCCCUACAUGGGCAACAAGCGCAGAGCUGAAGCUUAAUGGGGCAGCCUUACCUGUCGAAGCUAAGCCCGGGACCUAUGCUCAAAUCAAGCGCACAUGGGCUAAGGGAGAUGUCGUUGAGGUCCGCUUCCCGAUGAGUCUGCGUACGAUUGCUGCAAAUGACAAUGCGAAGAUGGUCGCCAUUGCAUACGGGCCAACUGUCUUGUGCGGAAAUUACGGAGAUCAAAAACUGGGUGGUACUCCUACUCUCGCUCUUGACUCGAUCAAGCGCGUUGGGGAUUCUAGCCUUGACUUUACCUCCACUGCUGACGGGAAGAGCGUUACACUGAGUGCGUUCUAUGAUGCCCAGGGAUAUAACUAUAACGUAUACUGGACUACUACAGGAAGUCUCUAG